CAUUUGGGGUGGGGACGAGGCCGUAGAAGCAUGGUUCAAAUGGAUCCUCAAGUAUGGCAUAAAAUUGCGGCGAUUUCUGGAGUAGCGGCACUUGGAUUGGGUACUUAUGGCGCCCAUGUCUUCAAGCCCGAAAACCCUGCCUACAAAGAAGUCUGGCAUACUGCAUCGCUCUACCAUUUGGUUCACACCGCGGCCUUAGUUGCUGCUCCUGUUGCUAAAUAUCCCAAUGUUUUCGGAGGCCUUCUAACAACUGGAAUUCUCGCAUUUUCUGGAUCGUGUUACGCUACGGCAUUUUAUGAAGACAGGAAAUAUGCAAGAUUGGCUCCAUUUGGCGGGUUUGCAUUCAUGGCGGCUUGGGGGAGCUUGCUUUUCUGAUAUGAUAAUGUUUUUGGUUUGUGAUGUAUAUAUGGAAACCUCUAUCUAAAAUGUUGAUACUUGCUCAGUUUCUUUGGAUACAGCAGUUGUUCAGAUAUUCUUUUUAAGUGCGCCCUUUUCUGAUUGUCUGUAAUGAACUGAGCUACAAAUAAUUCAGACUUGAAAGUAGGUGGAGUGUUUAUAUACACACACACACACAUAUA